CUUUCUGUCGUGGGAUCUGGCAACCCUCGCCUGACGCCCAGUGGUGACGCAGCGUCAGCUGUCCGUGUUUGUUUAUUACACGGGAGGUGUUGUGGCGGCUUUGGAGCUAAAAUAGCAUCAUUACUAAACUUUCAAGAAUGAUUUAAUGACGCAGUGAGAGGCAGUGAGAUGGCGGUGUGUGCUCUGUCCAUGUUGGAUGGCUUGGGCGAUGAGGCCACGGCGCUGGGAGGUGUGCUCAUUCUGCUCCUGGCGCUGGUCCUGGCCUGGCUCUCCACCCAUGUGGCUGAUCGCGGCGAUCACAUCCUGGGUACCAUCCUCACCGUGGGUGCCCACGCCUCACUCAUUGGCCUAGGAGGCCAUGACGGCUAUGCGGUUGCUCCAUCCAGCUCGGAGUCAGGUGAGCAGCAGAGCGAUGAGACAACAGACGAGGACAAACAGGAGGAUGACGAGGAGGAGGGAGAAGGAGGAGAGGAGCUGCUGGAUAUCCAAGGAGGCAGGAAGAAAAUGUGCCAAGAGCGUGAGGGAGAGAAUGAGGGCACCGAGGAUGAUGAGGAUGAGGGCGCAAGCAUCACGGUGCGACUGAAGUUUCUGAAUGAUACAGAGGAGUUGGCUGUGCUGAAGCCUCAGGAUACAGUCGGAGAGCUGAAAAGUAAGUACUUCUCUGGGCGUGAGCGUCAGAUCAAGCUAAUCUAUCAGGGACAGCUGCUUCAGGACCCACGACGCACAAUGCUCUCCCUCAACAUCACCCACAACAGCGUGCUGCACUGCCACAUCUGCCAAGCUCAGACUCCAGCCCUGCCCCAGGCUGAGCCAGACGACGAGCUGCGCGCUCAAGCCGGAGCGGGAAUCAGCGGGGGCCUGCGCUCGGCUGCUCUCACGUUCAGCACAGGCAGCCUGGUGGUCCCGGUGUUUGUAGUGCUGUUAGCCGUGGUCUGGUAUUUCCGUUUCAACUACCGACAGCUGUUCACGGCGCCGGCCACCGUCUCUCUGGUGGGAGUCACCGUCUUCUUCAGCUUCCUCAUCUUCGGCAUGCACAGCCGCUGAGGAUACAGACAGAAGAAAGAAAGACGAAAGGAGGCGGGGUGUUGGGAGAGAGGUGAAAAGAAAUCGGGGUAAAAGAUGGCAUAUUCACUCUGUCUGUUGAAAUGCAUUUAAUGGAAGGAAUAUGAAGUGAAACAGCAGCAGCUGAGUGACAAAGAGUAGGAACGGUAGCAGACAAAGUACUCAGGGAGCCUUAUGGCUUCUGGUGCCAUUUAGAUGCCUGGUGUGUCUGUGUGUGUGUGUGAGAGAGAGAAGGAAAGUGUGAGUGAGUGAGUGUGUGUCUGUGUUUAAGGAUUUACUUGUGGGUGAGUAGAGAGUAAUGAUGCUGUAAUUAUGCUUUAGAUUCAUGUAAUCUUUAUAGUAAUUUAAUCUCAACACGAGGCCUAAUUUGUCCUCAAUUAUUGUUUCAGCUCUUGCUGGCCUUUUCAUGGAUUAACCUCUAUGCCAGUUUUAUUGUCAGUAUGUCUGAAAGCAAAAGCUCCAGUCUAAUCUCUGUCUGUCAUAUCUGUAGCAUACAAGAAAUUCAACCUGUUUCUCUGCCCUGAGAAAAGAAAUAUGCGGCCAUAUUAUCUGAAAUCAAAUAAGAAGCCUUACUAAAGCUGUUUUAUCAUUGUUUUUACUGCAAUUCAAGACAGUAUUCCACAAAAAUGUUACAUGUAAAUUGACAAGUUUAUUGAUAGAAUUUAACAACUGCCCUUUAUAACAGAUUCAAGUAAAUACAAGAUGUGAUAGAUGGACGUUAGGUUGGAAUGUGCUGGAGUAUUUUGUUAAUGACUGAUUUGUUUCUUUACAUGCAUCACUUCAGCAGUCAACUGACCACACAAUGCACAAACCAGUAAAACCGAGGGUCGUAUUUGUAACCAAAACUUUAACAAAUAAUCUUAAUUUCAUAAUAACAGAGCUCAGUUUUGUGUUAUGUUAAUUUAGCAUAUUUAUUUUUGGAUUAAAUUUUGUCUAAUUAAUGAGUGUGCAUAGCAUACCAGCUAAUGGUCCUUUGUUUCAGCUCACAUUUCAUUUUUGUUCUACAGUAUUACCUUUGAGGGGAAAAAACAUUAUCUUAGUUUCUGUACUUGGAAAUAUUUGUUCUUUAGCAAUACACAUUGUGCUCUGUGCGCAUGAGAAUCAAGUUAUUAUUAAAAAAAUACAGGGAUAACAAAUGAUAACUAAGUUCUGUAAAUAAAUAGUGUAUUCUGUAUAUAAUAUAAAAAGGUGAAAAUUAAAACUCAGAAAACGUU